CCUAACCAAAAAAAAAAAAAAUGGAAAUUGUCGGAAAAUAUUUAUUAUUCCCUAUCGAAAUCGAAAUUGUUUUUAAAGUAAUAGAAAAGAUAUAAAAAGGAGUGUUUUGUGCUCAAUUGAUGGAAAAAUAGCCAAAAGAAUGUGUGGACUUGAUAUAGAACAGAUCUGUAUAUCUCGAAACUCUUCAAGUAUUUUAAAACCUGUGACAUUUUUUCUUGAAUUGUGAAUACAACAUUCGUAGUUGUUGGACUGAAACUAUCCCAAAUUUAAGUGCUGGAGCUGCACCUGUAAAGUUCGGAAACUUUAUCAGGAAGUAAUUUUUCCACAAAGACGCUAUGUAUAGAGAUAAAGAUAGUAUAUUCGUUUCAACUUAAACGUUUAACGUUUUAAAUGGAGCCGACACAUUUGUUAUCAAGAAAUAUAUACAUACAUAGCUUGAUUACAAAUGUUAGCACGCCAUUACCUACGUCUUCGGAUAAUUAAAUAAAAAAAUUCAAAUACUUUUUUAAGCUAAGUGACCAUGCACCAAAAUUUAUCGGGUUACAUCUAGACCGAUUUGUUUAACACGAAUGUACCUUUUGAACAGGUUAUUUCAAUAAUAGUGUUGUAGUUGUCGUUUUGCCGCAAUGGCAAUGGCAGCUGAAAAGUCAACUUGUAACAGACUACUUGUUGCAGCUAUAGACUUUGGAACCACUUACAGUGGGUAUGCUUUCUCGUUCCGUGACAAGCCAAACGAUAUACAUACCAACCCAAACUGGGUAGCUGGUUCUGAGAAACUUAUGUCACUAAAAUGUCCCUCUUCAGUUUUGCUUAAACCCGACAAAACGUUCCAUUCGUUUGGAUUUGAGGCUGAAAAUAAGUAUAGUGAUUUGGCGGAGGAUGCCAAACACCACGGCUGGUACCUUUUUCGACGUUUCAAAAUGAUACUUUAUGAAACAACAAAUUUGCAACUUGACACUCUCAUAGAAGACAUUUCUGGAAUGAAAAUGCCAGCCAUAGAUAUAUUUGCUCAUUCAAUGUCAUUUCUCAAGAAUCAUCUUUGGAAAACGCUGCAGUCAAGGGUAUGUGAAAUACUUGAAACUGACAUUCAGUAUGUGAUUACAGUUCCGGCUAUUUGGGAUCCAAAGGCAAAGCAAUUCAUGAGAAGGGCAGCUUAUAAGGCUGGAAUUCCAAACGAGCAAAUAUCCUUUGCCCUUGAACCUGAAGCAGCAUCACUCUGGUGUCAGGUUGAAACAGAUGACAAGCUCAGUAGUCUCUCCGAGCAAUUAACUAAAUAUAUGGUCAUAGACUUAGGAGGAGGAACAGCUGAUAUAACAGUACAUCAGAAAAUGGACGAUGGAAGUUUGAAAGAGAUACAUAAAGCAAGUGGAGGAGCAUGGGGUGGAAAUGAAGUUGAUAAGAACUACUUACAAUUGCUUGAAAAUAUAGUACAGGCGGCGGCAAUGGACAAAUUUAAGCGAGAGGAAAUGAUCGACUAUUUUGACCUUCUUCGAGACUUUGAGACAAAGAAAAGAUCGAUAACGAGAGACAAUGAAGGGAAAAUAACAUUCAAACUCCCCCUAUCACUGUGCAAACUCGCUGAGUUAGAUGGGAUCAAAAUGGCCACAAAAAGAGCAAGGUUACAUGAUAAAACAAAAUACAGCUGGAUUGGAGAUAAGUUGAGGAUUGAAAAGGUUGCCGCAAAAGCCUUAUUUACCCUUCCGAUAGAAAUGCUUAUCAACCAUGUUAAAAAGAUGUUUGAACAACCAGAAAUACAAGAUAUUGAGGCUAUACUUCUUGUUGGCGGGUUUAGCGAGUGUGAUCUCGUGACAGAAGCAUUCGAACAAAGCUUCCCUGACAAAAGACUCCUUAUUCUGAAGGAAGCAGGUUUAGCUGUGCUUAAAGGAGCCGUUCACUUCGGUCAUCAUUCGGAUGCAUUUAAAACGAGAAUUGCAAGGUUCACUAUUGGAAGAGAAAUAUUGCCUUUGUUUGAAAAACAUCACGACCCUGCUAGAAAAACUAUACGUGAUGGACGGGAGCAUUGUAAAGAAAUUUUUAAAAAGAUUAUUGAAAUUGGAGAGGAAAUUCCAAUAGGAGUUACGAAAGAAGAGAAAUCAAUUGCAGCUUAUGCAAGUCAAGAACAUGCAGCAAUUACAUUAUUUAGUUCUACAAAUCUUGAUGUUACUUAUACAACAGAGUCGGGGUGUCAAAAAUUGGGAAGAUUAAUAAUUAAUUUGCCGAAAUCACAAAGCAUUUUAGACAAAAGACAUACCACUUACUAUUAUUUCGGCGACACUGAAAUACACAUUCGUGUGAAGAUGGCAAAAACAAAUGAAGAAUUUGAAAAAUGGAUUGACUGCUUCUCAACAUAAUUGUGAUUAUUACCUGUCAUAUAGAAAAUGCAUGUACUAAAACGAAUCGAGCGUCGUGGGUUAAAUACAUAGUUACAUUGAUUUUCAAAUUAUUUGGUGCUAGAAUAGAGAGAAAUAGAAUCCCUAAAGAAAGUCCAAAACGGAGGAAUUGAAAAUGCUGCAGACUGGGUUUGAUUGAAGCAUGUUCAUGAACUCUACUCCAAAGUGCAAGAUACCGCCGACACCCCUAGCACCGAUCUGAGAAGAACUCCGCAUUUUACAUUAACUAAAAAAUAUUUGAAACAUAUGCAGAUUAAUAAAAAAAUGAAGAAGAUCUAAAAGCAAAAUGUUAAGCAUUCCAUAUCAAAGCUCUUUAUUGAUUGUAAAGAUUUUAUCAAAUAUAUAUAGUGAUAAUGCAUCAGACUGUAUAAAGCAAUAAAGCAAUAUUGUUUUUAAUUCAUUUAAUGUUAUGUUGCAUAGCAAAACAAUAAUUAAGUAGCAUUGCUACAUAUGGUAGUAAUAAUAUACAUGUACAUGUAUUUGCUUUGAUUUUUUUUUUUUUUUUUUUUUUUUUUUUUUUUUGUUGAUUUUUUGCGCAUUGGUGUUUAUUCAUACAUGUAACUACAAUUUCUAUGUAUGAAACACAUGUAUGUUAUAUUGGCGAUCAAUAGUUUUACAUAUCUACUUAAUCAAUGUUACAUAUUGAAUUGAUUUGUUUGUUCAAGAUGCGAUGAUUUCAUUUUAUUGUAUUUACACUAUUAAUUAGAAACCAAAAUACCAAUAAAGUAAGACUCUUAGACCUAUUGACUUCUCGAAUCCUUAUGAUAUUAAGAUGACUUUUAGACCCCUUUACACUUAUAUCCCUUUUUCAAUGACCCCUAGUGGGUAGGACAUUUCGACCCAUAAAUCAAAUUUUGUACUUUAGAAGCGAUUAAAAAAAAAAUAUUUUCAUGACAGUACUCGAAAAAAUACCGAUAACUUAAAGUGAAGCAAUAAUUUUACAUGGUUUAUUAUUAUUUAAUGUUAUGUCACAUAGCAACAUAGCAUUGCUACAUAGCAGUAAUAUAAUUUUUGUUAAAAAAAAGCCGGGACAUAAUAUAUAAAGAUCCAAAACAAAAAGUGAAGGA